UCACGUGCCUCAGGAAAGUUGCACAAGCAAAUAAAACUUGGCUUAGUUACAAGGUGGUGAAAGUUAUAGGAACUCAAGCGCAGCUGGUGAGAGUCAUCAGCUCAAUCCUCUUCACAUGGUGAAUUUCUCAGGUAGAGUGGAGGAUACAAUAGCUUUGGUUACCUAUUGCCUCCCGAGGGAAAGGGAAGUGACACUUUGGACUUAACAAUAAACUGGUUGGUUUAAAAAUGCAAGUUAAAGUUUCCACUCUCUUCCUCACAGCCAUACCAGAGAGGGGGAAGGUUGUUGGGGGCUGAGAAGUCCUGGCAUUUUAAGGAAAAAGGCAGGGAACUGGCUUUGUUUUUUUCAUAUGGAAGAGUAUUCAGACUUGUAUUUUCUCUUCCCCACCCCCCACCCCCCAUGCAUAUGGUAAUCGUUCCAGUGGAAUAACUGUCUAACUGCAGUAUUAGAAGUAUUUCAAUUUAGGUCCUUCCCAGAAGGUAAGAAAAUGAUUCCUCAUUUCAUAACAUGCCCUGCAGCAAUUUGUUACAAAUGUGCCUGUUUUUGUUUAAGAUGCCAUUUGCUUGGAAAUGCUUGAAAAUCAGUAGCAUCAGAGGAAGUGUACAGUAUAUCUCAUGCCUCUGCAAGCAGUUAUGAAAGGAUAUGACAAAAUUGCAUGAUUUCUAAUUUACAGUGAAUGAAUAAAAGAAGCAGAGCAUUUCCCCCUGAAAUGUUCAGGUGAUGUUGAAAAAGUCAAAGGGAAAGAAAUGCCUCACCAAACCCAUGCAAAUUUAUAAAGCAGUUUCUCUUUAGAGGUGUCUAUAAUACUUCAGUUGUGGAUGAAGCUGAACUCUCACAUUAGAGACUUCUAUCAAGUAAUCCUGCCUACAUACUAAAUUUGGCAUUUCAAUGCCUGCGAGGGUGAGGGAACCUGAACACAUUUUUGUUUACUGGACAUUAUGGGGGAGAGCAAGGAGAAAGAUGUGCUAUUGGAUUGGCCACCUUCCACUAAAUUACAUUUUUGACAUGGUAGAAUCACCACCAAGUGUUUCGUGCUGGGCAUCAUUUUCAUGUGGUAAAUAAAUCCCAUGGAUUGGCUGUGCUUUCAGAAUAAAUGUUUGUUGAGGGCAAAUGGCUCUUCAUCAUGCAAAUUUUAACACACUGUUCAGAAUGCAAGAUCUGGCCUGUAGAAGAACUUGUGUUCCAUUUGUUUCCUUUUUGUGUGUGUGCACGGAGAGCAAAGGUAUUGUUAUAGAUUUAUAGGCUCUAGAAUUUAAUUAAGAUUUAUGGGUGUCAAAGCUAAUUUCCUUGGAGGAACUAACCAGACUCAAGUGUGCAUUUGGGCUAGUAAGGUGUGUGAUAGGACCACUGAUAAGCCUCUGUUAUUAGCACAUAUAACAGCUAAUUAAAUAGGCACACUUCCUGGGUUGUGCAUUGGACUUUGUAAUCCUAGCCAGAUCAACAAGUGUUGAUGAGUCAGGCAAACUUCUUUGUGAGGUGACCACCUGGAAGGAUUAACCUUUAGGAGUUCAAAGGAAAUAGAAAAACCACGGAUGAACAGCAUCCUCACCUCUGCCACUGAGCCCUAUGAUCUGUCCUUCUCCAGGUCUUUCCAGAACCUCUCCCACCUCCCACCAUCUUACGAGUCUGCAAUCAAGACUAACCCAAGUAAAUAUUCUUCCCUGAAGAGAUUAACCCCUGCAAGAGAUACAUCACAGGAGGCUUCUGCUCAUCCCUUUAACUCUAGCAGUCUGAUGGUCACUACAAGAUCCCCUUGGACUAACUGUGCUUUCCAAACUGACAAGGAAGCUGAGGAGUAUUACUCCAGAAAGAGGCACCUCCCAGACUUGGCGGCCAGGGGGACCCUCCCUCUCAACGUCAUCCAGCUCUCCUCCCAGAAACAGACCACUCAGAGGGAGCGGCCGCGCCGUGUGAUGCGGGCCAUGUCCCAGGACCGAGUGCUGUCCCCAGAGAGGAUCAUGCCGGAGGAGUUCAGCAUGUCUUACGAGCGGAUCCUCUCUGACGAACAGCUGCUAUCCACUGAGCGCCUCCACUCCCAAGACCCGCUGCUGUCUCCAGAGCACUCGGGUUUCGGAGAGCAGUCCAUGUCGCGGGCUUUGUCGCACUCAGACGUCUUUGUUUCGACGCCUGUCAUGGAUCGCUAUCGGAUGACUAAGAUGCACUCCCAUCCCAGUGCCUCAAAUAACUUGUACAACACCUUGAGUAUGAACCAAACGUCUGCCAAGCGCCAGGCCUUUGCCUCCCGGCGGCACAACACAGUGGAGCAGCUACACUAUAUCCCAGGGCACCACCACCAUUACCGCACAGCCAGCAAGACAGAGGUGACUGUUUGAUCAGAGACACUGUGCAUUGUAGAUAAUCCAUCUAUGGACCGGGGUGGCUUCAGUGCCCUACACUGCAGUGGCCUUAUGGCCAAGAUAACCUCUAACUCUAUGUCUGAAAAGACAGACUCUUCCGACAGUCCUGUCUGUGUUGUUUUGGAAAUUCAUCUACAUGUUAUUGACAUAAAGAGGAAAAAACAAAACCUGAACAGGGAGAGGUGAUGCAGGUAAGGUGUCCUGACGUGCCCAGUUUCUGUCAAGGAAAGCCAUUCAGAUUAUGGCUCCCUUCAAGGG